AAAGUCAAACAAAAACCCUCGCUUCCGGUCACUUUCCGGCGAAACUACGGCGGAGACCUAACUCCAUAUCAAUGGACGAUUCAAAUCAACACUCUCCAUCUUCCUCCUCCACCACCGCCACCGCCGCCGCUGCCGCUGCUGCUGCCGCUGCAACAUCAUCGCCGGCAUCAUCCAAUUUCUCAUCAUCAUACCAAUACUAUUCAAAACUUCUACGCAAACGAUUCACCGGCUUCAUCCCGUCGUUAUCCGAUUUGAAGUUCCCUGAGAAGAUCACAUUCCUCGAAAAUGUUUCUAGUCUGUUCAAGAGGACCGUCGUCCCUUCCACUUCACGACGAAGGCGCGGGAAUUGUCUUCCUCUUCCUCUGCCUUCUGGAGCUCUCGAAUCCUUCAAGCUGACACCUGAUGCUGCUAGAGUAUACGAGGUUCUAGGAGACAUAUCGGAGCAUAUUUUCUUCAAUUUGCAUAGUGUUGAGAAGAAUUUACAAUUUUGGCAAGCUAGAGCAGAGGGGUCAACUUCUCAGAAAGUAUACUUCAUGGUUUUUGAGAGAGGGCCUAGAGCGUUUCUUGAUGGUUCAGGACAGCUUUUACAUGAUUAUCUUUUCCAUGGGACUGGCAUGCAGAGUCUUUCUUCUACAGCAUCUGCACAUAUAUCCGAGAGGAUCAGCGUAUUAACUAGCUUAAGAUACUCAUUGGCUACGUUUUUAGCACAGGUCUAUGUGGAGGUUGACAAAGUUGGGGAGCAGAUCUUGAAGGAGCCCGAGAAGUCAUUGACUUCAUUACUAAGCACGGUAAAUGUGUUGUUUUUAGAUUUGGAAACAUCAAUCGGACAUGUUAGUGCAAUACGCCAGACUGGUUCUUCUGUUGAUGGGAGCUAUUCAUCGCCUUUGCUUUUUGAGAAACUGCCAGGUAUAAACCAGCAAGGGUCUCAGUGGACCGAUUGUGCGAUUAGAGACACCAUCAACUUGAUUUAUUUAAAUCUAGGCAAGCUGGAUGUCUACUUAUCUCUAUUGGUUGCCAAACACCAGAAGCCAAGGAAAAUGACCCAACACUGGGUGCGUUACACUGUUGGGGCUGUCGGAAUUACGGUCUUUUCACUAUGGCUUCUUCGUCAUAGUAGAUUGGCUGGAAGUUCUGACAUUGAUAAUUGGAUUUUGGAUGCAAAAGAAUCAGUAACUGCUUUUAUGACUGACCAUGUAGAGCAACCGCUUUUAGCUAUAAGAGACGAGCUUUUUGAGACAUUUAGACAAAGGCAUAGGGGAAUGAUGGAACUCGAAGAAGUGCAGUUAACUUCUAAUUCACUACACAGAAUGCUGUUGGCAUUCAGUGAGCAGACAAAAGGACAAAAGUUCCCGCCAAAUGCAUCGGACCAGGAAAUGCUUGAAAUAGUAAUGGGCAGAUAUGAGAAGGAGCUUAUGCAUCCAAUUCAGAAUCUUCUUGGGGGUGAACUUGCUCGUGCAAUGCUUAUCCAAAUUCAAAAGCUAAAACUUGACAUCGAAACGGCAAUGCUUGAACUCAACCAGAUAUUGAGGGCCAACGAGAUAAACUUUGCUAUCCUUGCUGCUUUGCCUGCGUUUUUUCUCUCGCUUGUUGUGCUCAUGUUAUUACGUGCAUGGGUCAAACAGGACACUAGGGCAGAAGGCAAAGGGAGAAUUGCUCGGGUGCAAAGAAGACUAUUAAUAGUGGAAGUUGAGAAAAAAAUUAUGCAGUUCCAGAGUCGUAUCGACCAGGGGCUGGAGAAAGAUGCUCAAUGUAUGUAUGGAUUGGUUUUGUAUACCUUGGACCGCCUUUACAGAGCGGUGGAGCGGCACGCCAAGUCCACUGGUGAAUGGCAGUGUUUGAGACAGGAUAUCAGUGAUUUAGGGAAGCCAAACCUUCAGACUGCACAUAAGCUGAUGGUGACUUCGCGUAUGGAACGGAUGUACGAUUGCUUGCUUCCUUCAACCCGUCGCUAGUGACACCAAGGUGGAUGUGCAACACAAGAUCAGUGGCUGAGAAUCAGUUACUUAGACUUGUUUGAUUUCGUCAUGAGCAAGCAUACUCGAGGAUAAAGAAAUUGCUUUUCUGAAUUUUAAUUUUUUUUUUCUGUUUCCUCUUUUUUCCCAAAUUAUAAGCAAGCCAAAUUUUGUCUUCCAAGUUUAUAGAAAAAAUAAUAAAAGACAAACUGGAGGAGUUGGGAUA